UUUUGUCCUGUGUACAAGGUUGUGCGACGAUACAAGUUUGAACAGAUUUACGAGUCUGUUCGUUUGAUUGUGUUAGUGGAGGCUUUGGUCAACUGAUAAACGUCCGAAAUUUGCUCAGUGUUGUUAUUUGUUCGCUUGUGAGUUGUUAUCGUGCCCAAAAACUAUAGAACGAGUUCAGAUUCAACGAUGAGUACCAACAAUAUACCUAUGGAAAAGUCGUUUCGUUUAGAGAUAAGUCUUAAUCUGUGAGCGUUUCUCACUUAAAAUUCGAAAAUUAUUGAUGGAGUCUAAGAUUUGACACUUCCAAGUAAUUUUUAGAUUGUGAUCAAGUCGGAGAAAAGACAUUUUCGCAAAUGCGAUAAAAAUGAUCUUUUUGUUAUGAUUUGCUUCGUCAGUAUUUCCCAGAAUGUUCAGAAAUCAUGACGUUUAUUUUAAUUUCUGAAUAAAAGUUCAAAUGUCUAUAGUUUCCCUUCAAAUCGGUCAAUGUGGUAAUCAAAUUGGAGCAAAAUAUUUCAGUACUGUAUAUGAUGACUGUUGUGCCAAGAAAAGGCCACUUCUAUCAAAAACUGACACAGAAUAUAUUAGAGACUCAUUAAAUACAUUUUUCUACGAAUCUGCAAAAGGAUGUUUGACAGCCAGGUGUGUUCAGAUAGAUAUGGAAGAAAAGGUUAUUGCCAGUGUCACUAAAAGUACCUGUCGGGAGAAGUGGAGUUAUUCUCCUAAUAGCUUUUUUACAUCCAAAUGUGGCUCAGGCAAUAAUUGGGCGUACGGUUAUUUCGUUCAUGGAAGUGAAUUUGAAGAUCAGAUACAGUGUUUAAUUCAGAAUCAACUAGAAAAUUGUGAUUCACUAGAUGGAAUCUUGGUAACAAUGAGUUUAGCUGGUGGGACAGGUUCCGGUGUGGGUACAAAAAUACUCACACAUUUAUCUGACAUUAUACCUAAAGCAUGUGUGCUCACACAGUUAAUAUGGCCAUUUACACGUGGUGAGGUAUCUGUUCAAGCUUAUAAUGCUAUACUUACACUUGGACAUUUGUUGUCUCCAUCUACAGCCAAUAGUCUCGAUGGUUUCAUAAUGCAUCAUAAUGAUACGUUACAUGCUAUUUGUUCAAAUCGUCUUUUGGCUAGUGAUCCGAAUUGUCAGAUCGGUAUAGAUCAUUUAAAUGCCCUUCUUACUCAUCAGUUGGCUGGGAUUUUACAGCCAACUAUAAAUUAUACUGAAACAGAAUAUUUUAAGGAUAAAAAACGUUUAACAUCUUAUUUAUUGGAUCUAUGUGGACAUCCUGAUUAUCGAAUAACUCGUUUACGUUGUUUACCGUAUAUGCCUGUAGAAAAUCGUAAAUUUUGUACAGAAACUUGGGCCCAAUUAGCUCGUCAUGCUAGACAAAUGUUAUUGACGGGUUCUGCUGUAGAAGAUAAACUUGAUUGGUCGGCCAGUGCUUCAAAUUGUGGAUCUAAUAACCGAAUUGAAAAUUCACGGCUCCCAUUACUUUCCUAUUUAUCUGUAUUGCGAGGUGACGGAGCAAGUGAUCAUGUUCGAGAUUCGAAUACUUUUGUUCAUUCACUUACUAGGGAUCUUUUGAUUUCUGGACCUCCACCAGCUCCUGUUCCUUCUUCUUUUGGCUCAGUUGUUCGUGGACAUCAUCGUCAUUUUGGAGAUUACCCUCGUAGUUUGUUUGUUGCUUCUAAUGGGGGUGGUUCACGUAUAGACAACGUCUCUACUGCUGAAACUAAUCGCAAAGAAUUAUGGAUGUCUGCAGCAUCGUUAGGCGACACAUCAGCUAGUUUAAAAUAUGUGUCCCUUCGUGCCUGGGAACUGUUUGCUUCUAGAGCAUACAUACAUCAAUAUGAGAAAUAUGGACUGACAACAGAUAUCUUUAUGGAUUGUGUUGCUACAGUAGAGCAAAUUGCACACUGUUAUUCUACUCUGUCAUGGCACUAAACGUUUGUGGGUUUCAUUUUUUACUUACUCAUCUUUUGUACAUAUUUUCUUUAAUAUUUAAAAAUGAACCAAUUCGAUUUUAUUUUUCAUUCAUUGUUGUUUUUUGGUAGCGGUUUUACCUGGUUCCUGAACGCUUGAAAUUCCUCUGUUGUUUUCUCUUUACCAGUCCUUUUAUUUUAUAAAAUUAGUGACCACCAUGUUCAAAAAACCGUCUUUCAUUACAUGUAUGUUUUAUUUUUUUGACAAUAUUUGCUAGCUCUUAUCAUGUGUUCUUAAAAUCAAUAUUAACUUUUGAUUUAAUAGGAUACCACUGUUUUCAG